GGGAAUAGCAGAACUCGAAGAGAGAAAUCACGAAUUGGUGAUUUUGCGCUGGGCGAAUCAUGUUCUCGUUGAAAUGUGAGCUGUGGAAGAGGGGGUACCCGGAUAGUCUGUUUGAUUGCGCCUUGGGGUAGAAGAACGGAGUGCAAGAAGCACAGAGAGGAGGAGGAGCAGGGAGAGGAUGAGUAGGAACGUGAUGACGCCCAUUACGGCGCUCCUGCUGAUGAUCAUAUCCAGCAGGUUCUUUGAAGCGACACGUGGCACCCCUGCAGUCAAUGGCGUGAGGUAUGGGGACAGGUUCUACUGCUUUCGCGGCUUCAAGCAGUGUCAUAGUGGGAUCGAGCAGUGCAUUCAGCCCAGCAGAGAGUGCGAUGGCGUGGAGGACUGCAUCGACGGUUCAGAUGAAGGGACACGGUGCGCCUCCUUCGAUUGCAUCUCUGCCGACAGAUACGACUGUCCAAGCAGAGCGAAUUUCUGCAUGAAUGUCAGUGAUGGCAACGGCAAAUGGCGCUAUGAUUUUCAAGACCCGUACAAGUACUACCUGUGCGACGGGGUCAAGGACUGUGCGGACGGAUCAGAUGAGGACCCGGCGUUUUGCGCGACGUACGACUGUAUGGCAGAUGUGUCGCACCGGGCUGUGGACACGACGAUAGGCACGUGGAGACCUUCACCCCCGAGGAGGAUGCCCUGUCCGGAUGGAGGCAGCACGAACAGCAGUCGCUGCGUCCUGGAGUCGAACCUGUGCGACGGUGUCGCACACUGCCCGGGGGCUAGCGACGAGAGCGACAACCUGUGCAAGCAGCGCGGCUGUGCGCGAUCCAAGGACCGCAGCGCGCACUUCCAGUGCGACAGCGGUAAAUGCCUGGACAAGAAUCUUAUGUGCGACGGCAAUCCCGACUGUCCCGACCGGAGCGAUGAGGGUACCUGGUGUGCCACAACCGAAUGUCCCAAGCAGGUCAGUCCCUAUGAUCAGAGAGUGAAGUGCCCAGGCGGCGACAACCAGACCUGCAUUGACAGGGGCAACUUCUGCGACGGCGUGCCCGAUUGCCCCAAUGGCACGGACGAGGUCGGGUGCGACACCUACUCGUGCUAUCACGGCAGCUGCCCAAGCGGGAUUUGCAAGUCGCAGUGGAUGAGCUUGUGCGACGGCAUCAAGGACUGUCGGGAUGGCUCAGAUGAGGACCCCGAGCUCUGCAGGACGGAAUGCUCCGCCGACAGGCGCUUCUGCAAGGAUGGGCGACAGUGCAUAGCAGAGUCAAGAUGGUGCGACGGUGAGCAGGAUUGCGAGGAUGGGUCCGACGAAGAUCCGGCCUUCUGCGAGUCGCAGGAGGCAUGCCCCGAGUCGUCGUUCCUCAGGCUGGUUAAAUGCCCUGGGCAAGCGAGAACUUGCAUCUCCGCCGGACGUAUAUGCGAUGGCAUGGAGGAUUGUCUGGACGGCAGCGAUGAGAACGCGACCUUCUGCGCAUCCGCAGAGGCUGGCAGGAUAAUGGAGGCUUCUUCGCGAAUUAGAUGCAGCAGUAGCGAUUGGACGGAGGUCAUCUCAGGCUCCUACUGCGAUGGCAACGAAGAUUGUGCAGAUGGAAGCGAUGAGAACGCGAGCUUCUGUCAAAGCUACACGUGUCUGCCGCACAAGGUCAAAUGCUAUGGCACCUGGUGUGUAGAUGGAGGUAGAUGCGAUGGGAAAUCCGAUUGUCCCGAUGGCACUGACGAGGCUGGAUGUGGAAAUCUGCCCUCAGACACCGGGGCACUGCCACGGCGCAGUGCCAGGAUCGCAGUUCGUGCCCRCCCUGCGGUACCUCCAAGACCCAAGAGAUUCAGCAGACGGACGACUCCAGCGGCAUCAAGUACGGCAUUGACAGUACAAGACACCACCGGAGAUCUUCCCUCAUGCCCGGUCCGAGAGGCCAGCGAGCCUUUGGCUGACUAUCGUGGGCGGCUACAGGCAUUUACAGACGCCGUAGCCGCCGCCGAGGCUCAGCAGGCUGCGGCAGAGGCAGAACGUCAGCGGCUGGCCAAUGAGGCGGCAGCCGAAGCUCAGCGGACAGCUGAGACUGACGAAGCGGCACGAAACAGACGGAAUGCCGCCAGCACGGAGUCCCUGAUUGCUAGUGAGCAUCAGUGGACAAUGAUACUCCAAGACAUGAUCUUUGUGCCUACGGAAACGCAGGCGGAGGUAGAGAGAAGUAACCUGGCUACCGUGAUGUUGAACGCCAAGGCCUCAGCAGCGCCAGGCUGCACGACGGACGCGACGAAGCAAAUCAACGAACGCAUCGAUCACGUCGUCACCAUCAUCAGCGACAUAGGUGUUUUCAACGGACCGGACACGAUCACCAGCACGGUGGCCGCCAUCAAGACGGAUAUCACCAAGCUACAGACGAGACCGGACGCCGCUACAAAGACGUUCAAGAUGCCGCACUUCGACAUCUGCAAGUUCGACGACUACAACAAGUCGGACGCUUUGACAUGGUGGCAACGUUUCCUCACGGAAGCGUCAUGCCGCACUGUCCCGGCGAACGACAUGUUGAAGGCACUCUAUUUGCAACUGAUUGGAGGAGCGCAGGCAUGGAUGAACCACCUGGCGGCCACCCACAAGUGCACCAUCGCCGAACUCCACACRCACAUCACGUGGAAGGAGUUCGAGCAGCUACGGUUCACCCGGUUCAUGGUCCGCAACGUCGUGAAGGCGGCCAUGAAUGAGGUGUACACAUGCUCUCAGGGGAACAUGCCAACUCGAGACUGGACAACGAAGUGGCAAAAGAUAGUGACCACACCAGGCUUCGACUUUACGUUUCCAAAUCAACGAUCCGGGUUCUUCUCGCGAUCAUGCGCGGGAUUGCGAUCGGCACUCGGUAAUGAGUACGACUAUACCACAUUCCAGCUGGUACCACCAUUAGACCAGCCAAGCCACGUGCACGUAGCUAGCGUAUGCACAGCCUGUACACCGUCGGCAAGUGAUCCGGUCAGUUCGCCACUAAUUUCCGAGGACUCGACGACGUGGUCAAGACAUGAGGAGCUUGACCCGCUCACGGGAGAGGACUUCGCUUGGAUGCCUCUACCCUCGAUCGGAACCUUGCCAAGGCCGCAUUGCAACGCCUUGAUGGCAACUCUACGCUCCUAUUUGUACACUACAGUACCAGCUCCGUUGACGGACGACGGGGUAGCGGUUGUCGAUCUCCGCUCCUAUCUUGCGAAGAUUGACUGCGAGCACGCCACCCAAAGGUACGCCGAAACCGACGCACCUUUGCUCUAUAUCCGCAUUCAAAUCGGCAAGGCAACCUGUAGUGCCUUGAUUGAUUGCGGAACGUCUCGCAACUUCAUGAGUCAAGCCUUUAUGGCCCGCGCAGGUCUUGGCCCGCGCGUUCGAAGGAAGACGCAAGUUACACUCGUGGACGGCGGCACGCAAAAGUCAAUUGACCGAUGCGUUAAUGGAGUUCCGGUCUACUUUGCGCCACUUGCGUGCGAGCCGGUGUCUUUUGACAUCCUCGACACCAAGUUCGACAUGAUUCUAGGCAUGUCUUGGUUGCGUAGCGCCGAUCAUCCGGUGAACUUCCAUGACCGAACCGUUCACAUCCGUGAUCGGAACGGAGUGUUAGUCCCAUGUACGGUCGCGACGCCUCACACUUCGAUUGCUUGUCACGUGGUUUCUGUUGCGCGGAUUCGUGACGCCAUUGCUCGGAAUAACGUCAAGGAGAUGUGCCUUGUAUUCUUGCAUGCUCUCCCCUCGCCGGACGGACCAGCAGCGUCACUGCCGGACCCACGCAUUUCUCACCUCUUGGACGAGUAUAGAGAUGUCUUCGAGGCUCCCACCGGAACGGUUCCGGAUCGGCCCAUACGUCGCGGAAUCACUCUCGAGGCUGGCGCCGCCCCUCCGCGUGGAUGUAUUUAUCGCAUGAGCGAAGAGGAACUCGAGGUGCUUCGCGCACAACUCGAUGAUCUUCUCGACAAGGGCUGGAUUCGCCCUAGUUGCUCGCCAUACGGUGCACCUGUUCUCCUCGUCCGGAAGAAGAACAAAGACCUACGCGUCCUCAUCUACCUUGAUGAUAUCUUGGUUUAUAGUAGGACGUUGGACGAGCACAUCGUACAGCUUCGUGUUGUUCUGAAUCGUUUGCGACUAGCCAAGUUCAAAGCGAAUCUCGACAAGUGCGAAUUCGCCAAGCAAGAGCUUGAGUACUUGGGUCAUUUUGUCACGCUGAAAGGCAUUCGUCCCUUAGCGGACAAGAUCCAAGCCAUCGUGAAUUGGCCGGAACCCCGUUCCACGACGGAUGUACGCUCUUUCAUGGGGUUGGCUGGAUAUUAUCAGCGAUUCGUCGAGUCAUACUCAAAAGUGGCCGCUCCUUUGUCGAGACUUCAGUCCCCGAAGUCCGGCACGACAAUGAAGCCGAGCUCGGCUCGGCACCCUCAGACGGAUGGUCAGACGGAGCGAGCGCACCAGACCGCUCAGAUGAUGUUGCGUACGCUCAUCCGUCCCGACCAGAAAGAUUGGGUUGACCGGCUUCCCGACAUCGAGUUCGCCUACAAUACUUCGGUGCACCCGGCGAUCUACGUCACACCAUUCGAGCUACAUCAUGGUGGAGAGAAAGCACGGAUCUUCGCUGAUCUCCUUUUGCCACAGGCUGCCGACAUAGACGUCCCUUGCUCUCCCGCUUUCAUCUGGAAGAACCGGGACUUACUGAUCAAAGCCCGCGCAAAUAUGCAAAAGGCUCAGAUCCGCAUCCAGCAGCAAGCUAACCGACGUCGACUUCCAUGUCCUUUCCGCGAGGGAGACCUUGUUUGGGUCCUCUCCGAGGAAUUUGCGCUCGAGCAGGAUGUUUCGCGCAAACUCCUUCCGAAAUGGUUCGGACCAUGGGAAGUCACUUCUGCCGUUGGAGACGACCCCGCAGGUCCUUCCUUCAUGAUCAACAUUCCACCGCACCUAACAGUGCAUCGGGUCUUCCACGCAUCGAAGUUGGCCAUCUACACGCCACCUUCAACUGACGAGUUCCCCGGACGUCGAUCACAGGAUCCGCCUUCUAUGGACGGACAUCAGGAAGUUGACCGAGUCAUCACGCACCGCAAGUAUGGCAACAAGCCAAGGCAGUACAAAGUCACGUUCAAGCAAUGUGCACCUGAUGACACUCGGUGGAUCUCCAGUAGAGAUUUGCAGACUUCUGCACCCCUCAUCUUCGCCGACUAUGAGAAGCGACGCCUUGCUAAGGACGCAGCUCGUCCCGCCCGACCCACCCCGAUAUCGGACAGACAACUUCGCCCUCGCAGGUAGCUCGGUCUUUUAAGAGGGGGAGUGUGUUACAUCUUCGACGCACACGGGUCCUACCGGACCCGACUUAGGGGCGGAAGGACACAUC